AUUGUGCUCAGCGAUCUCUUUCCGCUCGACUCCAGCAACAUGGCUUCCCAGUACUACCAGGAGAUGCAGGAUAGCUUCAGAAACAACAAUAAGAGCCGAGAAUUCGCGGCUCACUCCGCCAAGGUGCACUCGGUCGCUUGGAGCUGCGACGGCAGGAGAUUGGCUUCGGGCUCCUUUGAUAAAACUGCCAGUGUGUUCGUGUUAGAGAAAGACCGGCUGGUGAAGGAGAACAACUAUAGAGGCCACGGGGACAGCGUGGAUCAACUUUGCUGGCAUCCGACUAGUCCAGACAUCUUCGUCACAGCCUCGGGAGACAAAACUAUCCGCAUCUGGGACGUGCGGACUACAAAAUGCAUUGCAACAGUCAACACCAAAGGGGAGAAUAUCAAUAUCUGCUGGAGCCCGGACGGACAGACCAUCGCUGUUGGGAACAAAGAUGACGUGGUGACCUUCAUUGAUGCCAAGAGCCACCGGUCCCGUGCAGAGGAGCAGUUCAAAUUCGAGGUGAACGAGAUCUCCUGGAACAAUGACAAUGACAUGUUCUACCUGACCAAUGGUAACGGCUGCAUCAACAUCCUCAGCUACCCUGAACUGAAGCCCAUUCAGUCCAUUAAUGCCCAUCCUUCCAACUGUAUCUGUAUCAAGUUUGACCCAACUGGGAAGUACUUUGCUACAGGCAGCGCAGACGCCCUGGUCAGCCUGUGGAAUGUGGAAGAGCUGGUCUGUGUUCGCUGCUUCUCCAGGCUGGACUGGCCUGUAAGGACCCUGAGCUUCAGUCAUGAUGGUAAGAUGCUGGCCUCGGCAUCAGAGGACCACUUCAUAGACAUUGCGGAGGUGGAAACAGGUGAGAAGCUAUGGGAAGUGCAGUGCGAGUCUCCGACUUUCACAGUGGCCUGGCAUCCCAAGAAACCUCUGCUUGCAUAUGCCUGUGAUGACAAGGACGGGAAAUACGACAGCAACCGUGAGGCAGGCACCGUCAAGCUCUUCGGCCUGCCCAAUGACUCGUAACCUGGGCCUUCUGGAUUUGUAUUGAACAGCGGUGAACUUUUGUGCUCGUCAAAGGAGACAGAAUGGAAAAGCCUCUGGUAACCGAACACAGUGCAUUUAAAAUGUGUUGCCUGUGUUGUGACUCUCCUUGGAACCUUGUUGAAGUGUUUUUGCUUAAUUUUUUGAGCUGCAAAAACAGAAAUUUAGAAGCUGACAACACUGGCUAAUUGAAAAUGCAAUGAGCCAGAGAGCCUAAUGAUGAAACACUCGGGUCCCCAGUUUUUUGGGAGACAUUAAAAAUGCAUUUAGCAAAGGAUUGCAAACACUUAAGAAAACUGGGUGGAAGAUCGCAAUAGGAACCUUGAUAAAGCUUUAGGGUUUCCCAGACUGUAUGUACAAGCUCAUCACAGCUGUUGUCUUCUGUUCUCCAAACAAAUGUCAUUGAAAUCUUCCUCUAUAUCUAUUACAGAAAUCUAUAAAAUGUGAUACCUGGCUGUGUCCAGCAGAUGGCCCCAUUCUGCUUUAAAUGUAGAACCUAGAAAAAGGGGAAUUGUCACCUGGAUCCAUGCUUGGUCCACUUUUUUUUUUCUGUACUGUAAAAUAAUGUUUUUUUGUACAAUAUU